CAGACUGUCAUAUUUCACUCCUCCACUCUCUUCUCCUCUUCUGCGCUGCAGCUCCAGCUCCUGCAGGACCUCCUGCUCCUCCGGCUCCUCUUCUUUUACCCCCCCACUCUCUCACCUCCAGCAGGAUAUUUAACCCCUUGUCUUCGGGGGACAGAAGUGAGAGCUGAAGUUACUUUCCUGCUCUCACCAAACAUUUAAUCUUUUAUUUAAAUUUCUCUUUUUUUUUUUUACUGAAAAACAUUUUUCUUGAAGGUAAAAUCGCCGUCGGCAGAAGUCCGUCCAGAUUUCCUCUUCUUCUUUGGUGUGUAGUAACAAACUAAACCCUGGUUGACUCCACCACUUUUCUCCUCCACUCCUCAUCGUCUCCGUCACGAUGGAGGUGUGCAGGAACCGCCUGUUAGCCAUCUCCGUGGCCGUGGCCCACGGCGUCUUCUCAGGUUCCCUCAACAUCCUGAUCAAGUUCCUCAUCAGUAACUUUCACUUCUCCUACCUGACGCUGAUCCAGUUCCUGACCAGCAGCUUGGCCGCCCUGGUCCUGGAGACCCUCAGGAGGCUGGGGAGGGUGGACGUCCCCCCGUACAGCCUGAAACUCUGCAAGGAGUUUGCAUCAGUGUGUGUCCUCUCCACCCUCCAGUCUACCCUGACCCUCUGGUCCCUUCGUGGACUCAGUCUGCCCAUGUACGUGGUUUUCAAGCGCUGCCUGCCGCUCUUCACGCUCAGCAUCGGUGUGUGUGUGCUAAGGAACGGCCUGCCGUCUGUGGGUGUCGUGAUAGCCGUGCUCAUCACCACUGGGGGAGCUGCACUCGCUGGUGCUGGUGACCUCACAGGCGAUCCCUUUGGUUAUGUCACUGGUGUACUGGCAGUAAUCAUACACGCCUCGUACCUGGUCCUGAUCCAGAGAGCCAGUUUGGUCAGCGAGUACGGACCACUUACUGCCCAGUACGCAAUUGCCAUCACAGCUACACCGGUGUUGUUCGUCUGCUCCUUCAUCUCCAUGGAUUCCAUCAACAUGUGGUCGUACGAAGGCUGGAAGGACCCGCGCAUCACCGCCACCUUCCUCUCCUGCGUCUUCAUCGGUUGUGCCAUGAACUUCACCACGCUCCACUGCACCUACCUGAACUCUGCCGUCACCACCAGCUUUGUAGGUGUGGUCAAGAGCAUUGCUACCAUCUCCGUGGGCAUGUUUGCGUUUAACGACGUGGCGCCCACUGGCCUGUUCAUCAGCGGCGUGGUGGUCAACACCGUGGGCUCCAUCACCUACUGUGUGGUCAAAUACUACGAGAUCAAGAAGAAGAGCCUAUAUGAAGAUCUGGAAGAGGCAGGGAAAGAUGGAGCGCCACCACCUGGAGAGCCGUACCAGGAGAAGCCCCCUCUGAAUGGCGAGCGGCCGGUGGACAGUGGCGGUGGCACCGAAUCUGACCUGGGACAAACAGCGAGCUGCGACCAGGAGAGGGAGGCGGUGAAUGGGGAGAUGCGGACAGGAGACGUAGAAACAGGUGUGACAUCACUCGUGAUGACAGAAAAUGAGGUGGAGGAGAUGCAGAGGGAGCACCUCCAAGAAGGAAACAGCGCCCCCCAUGGUCGGUCAGUCAAAGACACCUGCCUUGGAGUCUGGAGCUCCAUCAGACACCUGCAGUUCCUGAAGAAGGAGCCUCUGGUUGAAAACAUGGAGCAGCAGAGUCCGUGAGUGAACGGCACCGAUGGACCAGAGACUCCAGGGACCUCCGACGGGUCUGGAGCUGGUGGACAGGAAGUGGAUUGGACUGAAAAUGACCAGCAGGAAACUCCCUUCCUGUCUCCUGUGCCUGGUGGGACAGCAGGGUGACCCACCCACCACCAUGUCGCAUGAUCGUUGUGUCCUGACAGUUAAAGACAGCAAAACAAACUCAAAGUGCAUUGUGUGCAAAUCGAAAAAGUUCUGUCGUCCAAUCGUGGCAGCAGCAGCGGCAACAUUGGCUGGAUCCUUCAUUCUGAUUGGCUUGUUUGAAAACUAACAUUUUACUAAUAUGGUCUGUGUUUUUAUCUUAUCGUCAUAUGUUUGUGUGUUUGCUCUAAAGCUGCAGGGUUCUCAUCCCAGGACGAACAUCUGGGACAUCAACACAUCCAAACACGAGUUUUUAAUGACCCACACACUCUGCCAUUCAAAAUUCCAUAGAGAAAAUCAUCAAUUUUAGCUGUGUGAGUCUCGCCUCAUGGUUAGGUUCAAAUGUGUUCAUUUUAGCUCCAACUGAGUGACACACACUGACCACAGGAGGCAGCAGUGGACCAACAGAUCAUCCGUCUCUGUGAGUUAAAAUCACUGAUUUUUUUAUGUACUUUUGAUGGUACAGUCGAGUGAGUGGUUUACAAACAUACAUACAUACAGUGGGGGGCGCUCACCGCACAG